AUGCCCAUAAUCAAAACUAUAUCUCGAUCAAUUAGAGCAAUACUUGCGACUCUUUAUCUUGUAUUAAUAAUUCUUACUAUUCCAUUAGCAUUUGAUGUUGGAGGAGUCAAUUGUGGAUUAGCAUAUUCUUUAACAACAUUAGUAAUAUAUUUUAUAUUAACUACAAUUAGAAUAUUAACUCAUAAAAGUAAAUAUUUCCAAUGGAUUUCUAUGAUUUAUUAUUGUCAACAUUUUUUUAUUCCUAGUUUAUUAACUUAUUUUUUAAGUUAUUAUAGUCAUAGUCAUAAUCAUAAUCAUAAUCAUAAUCAUGGUUAUAGUGAUGAUAAUAAAUUUAAUCCAAUAAUGAUUUGGAGAUUAGUAUUAAUUAAUUCAACUCCUAUUUUCACAAUUUUAGAAGGAUUUUGUUCAUUAUUAUUAAUUCAAGCCAUGGGACAAACCAUGAGUUGGUUAACAAUUUAUAAAUCUGAUUCUUGGUUAAUAAUAUCUCUUAUAGGAAGUGGAUCAAUUAUAACUGCAUCAUUUUAUUUUUUAUAUCGAAUUUAUGUUUUACCAUUUAAUAUUGAUAUGUUUAGUGCUUCAUUAUUAGGAUCAAUUUUAACUACAACUAUGGGAUUAGGAUUAUUUGGAAUUAUUAGUGGUAAAGGUUCAAUGAUUGAAUCAUCAUUAUUAUUUGCUUAUAUUGUUAAAUGUAUUUAUGAAACUUUCCCAAUAUUAUCUGAAGCUGCUUCUAAAGCUUUAGCUAAUUUAUUUAUGUUAACUACUCAAAAUUUGAAAAAAGAAAUUCCUAAAAUUCCUCCAUCUAUUUUAAAUCCAAUAUCUGAAGUGAUUCCAUUUAUUACAUCAACUUUACCUUCUUCAUUUAAAGGAGUUUGGAAAUUUUUAAUUAUGGCUAUAAAAACUUUAACUUUACCUUUAUUAUUAAAUUUAGCUUAUAGAAUUGGAGUAUUUUAUGCUGCCACAAAAAUUAUCCCAAGUUUAUAUCAAUCAGUAUCUUAUCCUUUAGUGACACCUCCAAAAACUCCCCAAUCAGGAUCAUCACGUCAACCUUCAAGUGUAUCAUUAUCAAGUUUCAAAGAAGUAUCAUCAUCAACAACAACAACAACAACAACUUCAGUAUCAGAAAUAGAAAAAUCUGGGAAAUUGAAAUUAAAAACGAAAAAUUCUUUCCGUCUUAAACCUCCUCAUCAUCAACCACCAUCAGUUAUUAUACGACUAAUAUAUGCUUAUUCUCCAUGUUUAAUAAUUGCUGUUUAUACUCAUUUAAUGUUAUCAUAUAAUGGAGAAUUAGGUACUGAAUUAAAACUUUGGCCCCUUUGGAGUACUAGUAGUAGUAGUAGUAGUAAUAGUAAUAGUAAUAGUAAUGGUUGGGAUAAUGAUAUUCAAUUAAUUGUUCAUCCUUGGCAAUUUUGGAAUUGGAUUAAUAUGGGAACAACUUUAAUUCUUUAUGCUGCUGAAUUACUGAGUAAUGAUAAUUCUUCUGGUGGUGGUAAUAGUUUAACUAGUCAUUGGAAAGUAGAAUAA